GGCGGGGGCGGAGCGGCGCGGCAGUGAGGCCCGGCCAGGCUCCGGUGGCGGCCGCGCCAUGCGUGCCUGAUAGAGAGCGGCGGGGGUGGAGGGUUGAGCCGCAAUGAACCUGCGAGGCUUGUUCCAGGAUUUCAACCCCAGCAAAUUUCUUAUUUAUGCCUGCCUGCUGCUUUUUUCUGUGUUGCUCUCCCUGCGUCUGGAUGACAAAAUUCAGUGGAGUUACUGGGCCGUAUUUGCUCCAAUAUGGCUAUGGAAGUUAAUGGUGAUUGUUGGUGCCUCAGUGGGAACAGGAGUAUGGGCUCGAAACCCACAGUAUCGAGCAGAAGGAGAAACCUGUGUGGAAUUCAAAGCUAUGUUAAUUGCAGUAGGCAUCCACCUGCUGCUCCUGAUGUUUGAAGUUCUGGUGUGUGACAGGAUCGAAAGAGGAACCCAUUUCUGGCUUCUGGUCUUUAUGCCAUUAUUCUUUGUAUCUCCGGUGUCCGUUGCAGCUUGUGUGUGGGGAUUCCGACAUGACAGGUCUCUGGAGCUGGAAAUCUUGUGUUCAGUCAAUAUUCUACAGUUCAUAUUUAUUGCACUCAGACUAGACGAGAUCAUCAGAUGGCCGUGGCUUGUGGUUUGUGUUCCGCUGUGGAUCUUGAUGUCCUUUCUGUGUCUAGUAGUGCUCUAUUACAUUGUAUGGUCUGUUCUAUUCUUGCGCUCUAUGGAUGUGAUUGCUGAGCAAAGGAGGACACACAUAACAAUGGCUGUCAGCUGGAUGACAAUUGUAGUUCCGCUGCUCACGUUUGAGAUCUUACUAGUACACAGACUGGAUGGGCAUAAUUCUUUUUCUUUUAUACCCAUAUUUGUUCCUCUCUGGCUUUCACUGAUAACUUUAAUGGCAACAACAUUUGGACAAAAAGGAGGAAAUCACUGGUGGUUUGGAAUUCGCAAAGACUUUUGCCAGUUCCUACUUGAAAUUUUCCCAUUCUUGCGAGAAUAUGGCAAUAUUUCUUAUGAUCUUCAUCAUGAAGAUAAUGAGGAAACAGAAGAAACGCCACUGCCUGAACCACCAAAAAUUGCACCAAUGUUUCGAAAAAAGACUGGAGUGGUCAUUACACAGAGUCCUGGAAAAUACGUGAUUCCACCUCCCAAGUUAAACAUUGAUAUGCCAGAUUAAGAUGACAGUAGCAUAUUAAACUUGAACUGGGAAUCAACAGACAAAUAUAUUUCAUCUCAUGCCUUGUCCCAAUUACUUUAAAAUAGGUAUUGCUGAAUCAGUGGCUUGGAUUACACAAAUCAGAGAUCUUGAAGAUAAUCUGAGAGCUUUUCCAGAGAUAACAUGGUGGUCUAAUUUGUGAACCUUCCUAAUGGGUUGGUUGCACACUUGCCUGUAUAGUAUUUAUAUGAACAUUUUAGCAGUGUAAUAUAUUGUUUAAAAGUCUUGUCGUGUACAGUAUAAGUAUUAUCUAAAAGUAUUUUUUUAAAAACCCUGUAUGAAAUGCCUAUGCUAUUCCAGGUGUCUCUUAGGUCCUAAAUAUACACUUGAUUUA